GUUUGAUAUUUGUUUUAAAUUGUAUCUGUGUUUGUAUCGAUAUGUACAAUCUUAUUUUGUGUUUGUAAAACAAUUAGAUCGAUUUUGUUGAACCAUGCUUAAACCUGGUGGAAAUAGACGCGACAUGUUCAUGUAAUGAUGGUACACGCUGCAUUUAAAGGGGUUUUCCAAGAGUUCGCAUAGCCGUAAAACACUUUAUUGACUCUUUCCUACGUGUAAUGUAAUGGGAAUUGAACUCUAUAGCACCCUAAUUGGACAAAUCCAAUAGGAAUUUUCAAGAAGCCAUAGAGUGCAAUUUUCAUCCACAUGAAGUUCAUUUCCUAUCAGAAAGAGUCAAUGAAAUGUCCCACAACUAUGAAAACCCCUGGAACACCCUGUCACGUUCAAUAGUUUGAAAUUAAUAUUAUUUUUCUUUUUAAACGAAGUAGCUUAACAGAGCUCAACCGCUGGUGGCUGGUAGCAAGUGCCCCUGUUUAAUCAAAUUUUGAAUUCGCACGUGCAAACCAAGUUAGCCGCACACGUGUGCACAGGGAAAAAAGCUCGCCAACAAAAGCUCACCCUCACGACAGUUCGCCCCGAAACGACGCGAACGGUGGCGAAAAAUUGUGGCGUUCGCUAAGCAUGCUAACACCGAACCGAACGCGGCGGCGCGGGCACGCAUGAGCCGUACCGAGCACGCCUCGGAAAGCGCAAAGAUUUGCCUUCAAUGAACGGAAGCGCUCGGCCGACUGACAAGUGCAGAAAAGGCAGUCAAACCGUUAGGCAGUGGCACCCGCGUCGUGACGGAUUGGCAGACACAAGUUACACCAACACACAAAAAAAAAAAAAAACACUCAGAGGCAGAAAUAAUGAGACUUCUGCUGGUGGUGUGUGCCCCUUGAACGCAUUGAGUAGCGCGGCCCCUUCCACCAAAUACGCCAGGAACCUCUAAACAGGAGCAGCAGCGGCAGCAACAACUAAGAAGGAUUUUUAUAGUGUGUGGUGUGCUUUGUUCGCUUCCCUUCCCCGUUUUGGAUUCCUCGACUAUUGAACACGCCAGGAUUUGAUUGUGCGCCCGUUCGAUUGUUCGACUGUUGGAGGCGAAAGGUGCUGGUUGCGCUUUUUUCUUCCCGACCUUCACGUCCGUGUGUGUGUGCGUGUGCGUGUGAGUGUGCAUGGCGCACUGUACUUCACAGCAAAAUUCGGUCCCAUCAGGACAUUGCGCGAGGACGGGUGAACUUUUUCCGCUCGCGCCGCCCCGCGUGUAAGAGGAGCUUUUGCUUUUUCGUACUCGCGAAAGUGUUUAAACGUCGGAUGCAACAAGCAAGCAGCGAAGGUGGUGGAACGCGUGCCACCCUCGGCUGGUCGGUGAAGCAAUAGUGAAUUCGCACCAAAGUGGGUACUUCUUUGGCCACAACAGCGGGGAAGCAAAUCAAAAAGUGCUGUGAGUGUGUGUGUGUGUGUAUGUGUGCAUCAUCCAUCCCAACGGAAAGGAAGCAACGCGCGAUACGCCGUCCCGCCCCCUGCACCGACCACUCACGCAAACACACGGUGGUCUCCUGUGCCCCUCUGGCCUUCUGGGUGCUGCUACCUGUGUUUCUGCCUCCGUUUUUCUGCACAAGGACAUCAUCAUCAUCCAUCCCGCUCCUAGCCCCUCCUCGAGAACCAGCAGUGAGCAACAAGGAAACGUAUUUCAGCAAUCUACAAGCAAUAGAAUAUCGCCGAAGCAGACUGGUGGACGUGGCAGCGGUUACCGGUCGUGAUCACGUGGCCAGCAGAUGAAAAUUAAGCUUUCCAACACUUUUGCCCCAUUUAGCUAAUUGCAAUUUGCAUGUGCACUUUUGCGCUGCACACCCGUUCUCUGUACCCGCCCAAACUGGCCCACACAUUGCGCGGCACAGCCACACAGCCACAGGAGCAGUGAACGCAACAAACGCAGUACGCAGUAGCACUGCCAUGCACGUGCAUCCCGCCGUCGUCCAGCGGAUUUAUGGUAACGCCAGUGGAAUUGAAAGAGUAACCUCCCGCCUGCCACGCCUGAGUCACCUAGGAAUUGUACGCAAUCACUGUGUGAAUUGAGGCUGGAUGCGCACUACCGUUGCGGCGCAUUACACCGACCCCUGACCGGACAGGACGGAUUAAGCACGAAAGGAUACACACGACAGUGGUGGGAAGCAGCAACGAUAAUAGCUCAAAGAAGCGCAACACCCCCCCCCCCCCUCCCUCCUUCGCGUUCAAGAAACCACACACCGCUGCCGCUGUUGUUCGCCUUUCCGAUGAAGAUCAUUAAAAGCGCGUGAAAUGUGUAAUCGCUCAGCGCGGCGAACAGUUUCGAGUGGCGUUGCGUUCAACGAUGUAUUUUGUUAUGGAUUUGUAUCUCAUCGUUUUGUGUCUGCUGGUCAUCUACAUUAAGGACAGCUUGCAGGGACCGCACGAGAAACGACUGCUGAACAAUCUACUGGCAACGUACAACACGCUCGAACGCCCGGUCGCCAACGAGUCCGAUCCGCUGGAAGUGAAGUUCGGGCUGACGCUGCAGCAAAUAAUCGAUGUUGACGAAAAAAAUCAGAUACUCACUACCAACGCUUGGUUGAAUCUGGACGAGAAGAAUCAACUUUUAAUAACGAACAUAUGGCUGUCGUUGGAAUGGAACGAUUACAACUUGCGCUGGAACGAUUCCGAAUACGGUGGUGUGAGGGAUUUGAGAAUUACCCCGAACAAACUCUGGAAGCCGGACGUGCUGAUGUACAACAGUGCUGAUGAAGGAUUCGACGGAACAUAUCAUACGAAUAUAGUUGUGAAAAACAAUGGAAGCUGUUUAUAUGUUCCUCCCGGUAUUUUUAAGAGCACGUGCAAAAUCGACAUCACGUGGUUCCCGUUCGAUGACCAGCACUGUGAGAUGAAGUUCGGCAGCUGGACGUACGAUGGCAAUCAGCUGGAUCUCAUACUCAACUCAGACGAUGGAGGCGAUCUGUCGGAUUUCAUCACGAACGGCGAAUGGUAUCUGAUAGGAAUGCCCGGAAAGAAAAAUACAAUAACAUAUCAGUGUUGUCCCGAGCCGUACGUGGACAUAACGUUCACGAUACAGAUACGGCGACGGACACUUUACUACUUCUUCAAUUUGAUAGUUCCAUGCGUCUUAAUUUCUUCGAUGGCCCUGCUCGGAUUCACGCUUCCACCGGACUCGGGAGAAAAGUUGACCCUUGGUGUAACUAUACUGCUAUCACUCACUGUAUUCCUUAAUUUAGUUGCGGAGACGUUACCUCAAGUAUCCGAUGCAAUUCCGUUACUAGGAACGUACUUCAACUGCAUUAUGUUCAUGGUCGCCUCGUCGGUCGUGCUGACGGUUGUCGUACUGAACUACCAUCACCGGACCGCCGAUAUCCACGAGAUGCCUCCCUGGAUCAAAUCCGUUUUCCUCCAGUGGCUUCCGUGGAUACUGCGGAUGGGUCGACCGGGGCGAAAGAUCACGCGCAAAACCAUCAUCCUGAGCAAUCGGAUGAAGGAGCUGGAGCUGAAGGAGCGAUCCUCGAAAUCGCUGCUAGCGAACGUGCUGGAUAUCGAUGACGAUUUCCGCCAUCCCUGCUCCGGCAUUUCUGGCUCGACCACCGCAAUAGGAGGGUCAGUCUUUACGCGUCUAACAACGGUCGAGGAGCAGAACGUCAGUUCCGGAUGUUCGCACAAGGAUUUGCACCACAUACUGAAGGAAUUGCAGUUCAUCACGAAUCGCAUGAAGAAGGCGGACGAGGAACAGGAAUUGAUCAGCGACUGGAAGUUCGCGGCGAUGGUUGUUGACAGAUUUUGCCUUUUCGUGUUUACAUUAUUCACAAUAAUAGCGACCGUCACUGUGCUUCUAUCGGCUCCUCAUAUAAUAGUGCAAUAAAUACGGCUUACUACCUGCGCGAGCAGCCCGCGGCAGACGGCAACCAAGCAAACCAAGCGAAGGGGGAGAGAAAACACAGUAUAUAUACAUAUAUACAAACACGCAUAAAAUAUAUACAUAUAUUUUAUAAAUAAGUAGAGCGCGCGUCGUAUGAAAAUAGUUUGCAGUGAUUCUAGUUAAAGCAAAUGCGCAUGAUAGUGGGGGAGGAGCGAGCAUUUUAAAAAGCAAAAGCGAUUCCAAUUAUCAAAGCGUUGACGCCCUCGUACUGCCGAAUUCCCCGUUUGCAGUGUAGCUUGCAAACAGCAAAACAUCAAUAUAAAACACUAAGUGAAAAUCGAUGCCAAAGCACGGGCCCGGGACCGAUUUCUUUGCGCGAGAAGGCCGCACCUUAGCUGGAAAGGUGUGUGUGUGUGCACGACCAAUGUGAAUAGAGCCCCCGGAGCACGACGCGCCGAAAUUCGGAUCGUCCCUUCGCCGGAGAAACGGGAGCGGCUCAGUGUGGCGUUUGCCGUCUAUUUUACUGUUUACUUUCCUUUACCACGCGCUCUGGCACCAUCCAUCCCGGAGGCAGCACGAGCAAAUAGACCACGAAAAUAGGAAGUGAACCCGAGCGACUGCGCGAUCGGUAGUUCCUUCUGCAGGCCGUGCUGCUCUGGUUUCUGUGUUCUAUCCUUGGUUUUAUCGAAUCAUUCAUCAUACUAACUUUCGUGUGUCUCCGUUAUGCGUGAAAAACGAGUGAGAGAGGCACCAAGAGCUGUGUAAGAUGCUGCUGGCUCAUGUGAGGCACGACAAAAACCAUCAGCUGAUACAACCGAUGCGCACAUGUUCGUCGCACACACCCCAACCAUCGACAGCCAACGUCAUCUGGCUAGCUGCGCCACGAAACUCUACACCAUCAAUCGAUGCAGCAAAGUAAUUUAUUGCAGCAAAUCUACUACACAUCCUGAGCAACAGGCUAGUAGAAUCAAAAGAACAAAGGUUCCCCCUUUUUAAAGGAAACCGUAAAUGGGGCAAAACAAAAACAAACAUACAAACAAAACAUUCGAGGGCUAAUAGUGGUCGCCGUGAUGCGAACUGCAAAACAGACUGCAAUCAAUGCUGCGAACGAACGUAUGAGCACGUUACAAGAGUAAACGAAUACCACCAAAAGCAAGCACAAUGCGCGUAAUGUAAUGGAAACAACAGGGACAACAACAUGGGUAAAGAGAGACACGGGAGCAGGACUUUUUUUUAUGAAUUAGAACAACGUAUGAACAAUGGAAAUGAUAAACAGCCAACAAACAAACAAAAACACGGCACCGAUUGAAAGCGAUAAAGGAAGGGACGCACGCGGGGAAUAGAGAGGACGUAUAUUAUAAUCAAGCAUCUUGAUUUGAUACGAGGACGCUGUUUGAUACUGUAGUGUUGUAUUUUUGGAACUAGUAUACUAAGUGUACUGCAAGGGAAGAAUAAGAAGAAGAAGUAGCAGAAGAUAAAUCGAACGACUUGAUUAAAGUACUUUUAUAUUGAGGACUACUCAUCUAUAUGUAGAUGGUGUAAUGGUAAAUUAUUUUAAUUGUGUUUUAAACAAAACAAAAUCAAUACUUACAAUGAUAAGCAGGCUGAGCAUGCAUGGAUGUGCACAUAAGUGUACGUGUACGUGUUACGUGUGGAGGAAAAAGAGGGAAUUAGAGAAACGGAGCGAAGGGGGAAUAAUGUAGAGUGAAGAUUUAAGGAAGCGUUACUUUAAGUAGCAAAAGUUUAAAAUCACGUAUAUGUUUAAUAUAUGCGUGACAGAGGAAAAGCGAGAUAGUGGGAUACAGAGAGUAAAACAAAAAACAACUACAGAACAAACUUGUCAUAGAGUUCGAAUAUAAAAUUAUAAAUUUGCUCUUUCACGGUGCAAACUGCAAGCAAAAAAAAACUACACGACUCUCUUACUAGAAGAAGCAAAUCGAAUAGGUGCAACAAAUAAUUAUGAUAACAAAGAAAUACAAAACUAUAUAAGAAAAUACAGAUAGGAGAAAUAUAUAUAUAUAUAUAUAUACAUAUAUACUUAAAUAAAGCGUGCGCGCGCGCACACGUUAGAAUGCGCCGUUGCACCGUUGCAAUCGGGUGAAAAGAUGCUGCUCUGUGCGUGUGUGUCUGAGUGCGCAGGCAUUGAUAUAGCAAACGGAAGUGUGUGAAACACACACACACACAUAUUUGGCAAACGCACUUUCACUUUCAGUAGAGGCAAGUUACGCGUGAACGUUAUUCAAGAGUACCCAAAUAGGAUAACCGCAACAAGUCUGUCAGAAAAUCAAUGCAGCUUAGUGAUAGGUUUCAGCUAACACGUAACGACAAUGGGUGUUGUUAGUUGUUUGGAUGCAACUGGUUGCAAUGCAAUACGCACACGGAAAUGCCAAGAAACCCAAAGCCAAAAGAUAAAGGAAUGCCAAACUCACUCACUGCUGGGAAACUAUUUAUUACCAAUUGAGAUUGAACGGCUCUCACACAUAGAGUACGCGAAGAAAUAUGCACACACAUAAAAAACAAAAGCCAAAAAGGAAUUCUGUUACAGUAGCGCCAGCGGGAUGCGUUAUAGCACGACGUUAUAGCAAUGUACUGCGACUGUAGGUUGACGUUUCUGGGGCGACUGUUUCCGUUCAUUGUUGGACGCGAAAUCGUCACGUACAGGUGUCAAAAGAUUGUUAAAAGUAAGGGUAGUGGUGAGAGCUGUGCGCCUGCAAGGAGCAGCUAGACGACUCACGGCAAUGUGUUAUGUUAAAUGAUAGAGAAUGUUUAGCGCAUUGUCGGCCGUUUUGCAAAACGAUGCUUUCGUUAUUUGAUGCGAUGAUUUUUAGAACGAUUUUUUUGUUUUGUUCUUCUCUUUUAGUUGUUACGCACUCUAGUGUCUACUAAGGUACUAUCUGUCACUACUAUUCGUCAUAGUGUGUUUUUGUGCUGCAGUAGCUGCGGCUGCUUCUACUACUACUACUACUACUACUGCUACAACAACUACUACUAAUACUAUCUACUGGUGACGCUGAAACUAAAACUACAACAACUACUAUUACUAGGUACACCACACUACUUCAACUAUUUACUAAUUGCUACUAGUACGGUCACAACUGCAGAAGAAGAAAAAACCACGAUGCUUUUGACAUUAUUUUUCGCCGACCUGAAGCCCUGCCUUGACAAUGGGGGGACAAGUUUUCGAUAGCGAUGCGGGGUAGACCGAGCCGACCGAAUCGAACCAUGUAUACUACUAACGCACGCACUACUCUGCAACAAUAAGUGAGCGUCUCAAUCAAAACUACCGAACUACACACUAUUCGGUGCGCGCGAAAGGGAAGAAAAUGGUGGCGUAUAGUAGGAGGAGGGCAGCGAUGCGACACUGAUGCAAGGCGAACAAUAUCUUUACACUUAGAGCUGUCACUUACUCUGAUAUGUUCCUUGCAACAACAACAACAAAAAAGCCAAAUGGUUUACACUACUUAUACAUGCAUUUCAAAAUUAGUCAGUUUUUUCACUAUUUUACGUGCAGAGGCGGGGGGGGGGGGGGGUGGAGCAGCACUGCACGUUUUGUCGGACAUUUGCUAUUCGAUUUAUAUACUUCCACACCUGCAGACAGAGCGCGACCAGAACCCACCAAAUUGCGGCGUGUGAUGCGACAUAUUGGCACGGUGUUUUGUACUUGUAGCUAAAAUACGUAAAUUCGGUCGAGUACACUGCAGAUCCUUGCACCACUUCUGCUAGUUACGAAGACAUCAGGAGAGAGCAAGAGCCAUAAAAACGUCUUUUACUCGUAGGGUUUUACGCUAUCGCUAUCACUCACAAGACCAGGUCGGACAGGAAUGCAAAAUGGAACAUUCGUAGUUUAAACAUAAUUUUAAGUCUGUUUUUUUGUUUGUCUCACACCAAAACUAUAAAAAAACUGUGAGUUGCUCAACUCUACAAAGAAUGCAAAUCAAAAUAGGGAAAAAGAAGAUAAAUAAAAAAUUAGAAAAAGGAGGGUCAAAAUCAAGCAAGUACAUAGGUACAGGUACAGAACACACACACCUAGAAAUAAUUAUAUAUUACUCUGGUAGCAGCAUUUGUAACGUGCACAGCAAAAAAAUCAUGGAGUGUCAGCAGGCAAACCAUUCCACUGCGAAGAGAUUAUAGUACAGUUCUAUACUUAUACAUGCAGAAAAAAAGCAUUUAUACAUACAUAGAGGUAUAUAUAUAUGUAUAUAACCAAGUUACAUAUAUAUAGGUGCAUAUUAUAUUGGUAUAUAAUGAAUAUUUAAUUUUCGUUACUCGUGAUUAGGAAAUGGUGGGGAAAGAGAGCAGGAGAGACAGAGAGAAAGAGAGAGAGUGUGUGUGUAACGUGGAUUUGGUUUAUGCUAAAUUGGACAAAUAUCUUGCUAUAGUUACACACGCUUCAAACGAUUGCACCAGCGCAAGACGGUGAGCCACUUAGUGUUUUAAAAUGUGUUCAUAUGGUUCGCGCGCAAGACUCUCGUAGCUAAAAAAAAACCCUCACCGUACAGAAACCGCAACACACGACACACCCAUAGCCAUACAAAAACACCAAGAUUCAACUAUAGUUAAAGGGUUCGUUUUACGACAUCUGUUAUUUCAGUGAGUCUUCCUUACCUAGGUCACGCGUUAAACGUUGUGUAGCGAACCAACCACUCGGUACUUCCUACUGCUCAAGUCUCAAGACAGGACAAUUUGUUUAUACGCGCUCUGCGCUUGCUGCACUGAGGAGCAUCCCGUUGGUUCAAUGGUUGACGUGCGGACGCUUGCGCAAGACCGGACCGUUAUCCACUCCGGGAAUAAGCGUGUGUUUUUAGUCUCGUUGCGUUGCAGCAAUAAAUGGAGCACCAUCCGGUUGCGUUAUAUAGGGUUAUAUCGCUCUUUUAGGACUCCUAAUUACAUCAACAAGAAGAACGGAAAGAUGAUACUUUUCCUCAUCUUGGAUAUACAGGAUUUUGAUCUGUAUCUGCCCAAAAUUGCAAGGCCAUGGGAGAAACAGCCACAGAAUUAUAAAAAAAAAUGUUAAUUUCUUUGGCUUUUUAGACCGCCUGGUGCCCGCUAGUAACACGUUUCUCAAGUACGCUAUAUUUUGCAGCAUUCAGCACUGAAGGUGCCCACCGUGCGCUCUUAGUAGAGGCAUACACACAGCGAUAUUAUAAACUUGCACCUACAUAUUGUACUGGAAACAAUCGUGGUAAAACAACACACAGAACACAGCUGUGUGGCAUAGACACAAUAUUCACGGGCCACGUGUAUAAGCUGGACCCCAUAAAAAGCAAUGUACGGGCACACACGUAGCGAAGCUGUGUAGUAUUGGUGCACGCAAUAGUUUCUGUUUCGGCGGUUCUUUCCAUUCCGAUUGGAUUGGACUCCACUAUAUUUGGACUCUAGUGGCCAAAAUGUUAUGAUGAUGCUAUGAUAUAUGAAUUACCACACACAAACACACACAUUAGCACUCUUACCAGGCACGGGAUAAAGGAAUUGCAGGAAGCAUCGGUAAUGUGGUAUUUGUGUUUCCAGUUUACGUUGAAGAUUCUAGCGACACACGACACGGAUAAUAUUCACCAUAAAGUGAAAGUGAAUAGGAAACAUUUAUUUCGUUAUACGAAGAGAGCAGCACCUGCAGACAGGGUUGUGUCGAGCAGCGAAAAGGCGGCGCGCAUACGAUCGAGUAGAACCGAUGCACACCCGAGCGCAUCGUUCCGUACAUUAUUACAUUAAAACAAUCGUGAGAGAACAAUACUACUAAUGCCCCCAAAAUUAAUUCUAUUGCAACCAAAAACCAAAGCUAUAAAAAAAACAAAGACAGAUAAGAAAACAAACGUUAAAGCCAAUCGAAUGUGGCAUCGAAUGUCCACCGUAACGAAAUUUUACCGUUCAAAACCGUUAUUUUGUUACACGUGUUUCUUUCGACCUUAUUAGCCCCCAGAACUUCCCCUUGUUACUUAAAAAUUGAGGGAGGUGGGCGGCUCGCACACAUUCACACACGCGCACAAAAACACACAAAAACUGGGACAAUUUGCGUAGAGUGUAAAACUACUGUUACUGUUUGUAUUUGCAGAUAUAUUUAUACGAAAGUCUACUUACUCUUAUACUUAUGGCAUAUUUUUCCGCUUCGGGAACGGCCCCCGCCGCCAUCCCCGAAAGGUACACCUACAGAAAACACACACACACACACACACGCCACAGGAAGGAGAGAUGAGCUCAUUUCCUGCGGGUUUGAAUACUACGGCUAGUUUACACACAGAAAAAGAAACUAUUUAUGUAACCAAUUUUACAUGUCCUUUCCGACGCGCCACUUUCCAUUUUGGGGAAGAGAGAUUUAGCAAAACGUGCAGACAGCAGCAGAGAACGGUAAUAGGCGUAGGGGGAAUAGGAAAGAGGCACGCGCGGAGAGGAAAAAUUUCGUUGAUGGAUAUUCCGUGCUACCCGUGGUAGUAAACGACGUCAGCCAUUCCCUAUGCGCGAUCACUCCCCGGUGCAACCACUACCUGUCGUCGACGGUCAGGUUCGCUCCAACACUCUGUAACACACACCACACAUUCAUUCAUUUUCGAAUGGAAACCCGGUUGAUCGUACCCCAAAAAAAGUCAACCAAAACAGUAACGAUCCUAUCGUGACGGAGUGUAGAGCGUACUUUCCCCGAAUGGGAAGCAACCAUCUGUUAGGAACGGAGCGUAAAAGAGAGGUAAAGAACUGCAGCUCCGAUUCUGCAUGGUAAAUACAGCUCUAAUGUCUAGCUAACAAACCGGGCAACAAGAUCUUACUAAUGUAAGCGCAACUAGCUAACGAAAUCUGAACGCGUUUGCGUUCUUCGCGUUACUCGCCGCUCUGUGGACGCGGGUCAUGGGAGUUCGAGCGCGGGCAUCGCAUCGAAAUCUUAUACCGGCCCCCCCCCCAACAGCGGUGUAACGAUUAUUACAUUUCUACGAGUGUACGCCACUAUGUCGGUCCAUAUCCGUUUUAGGAUAACUGCAAACAGAAGCCUCGCGGGAUGACACUGGCGCAUCGGCAGUGGCCCGUAAAGGGCCAAGCCAAGCAAACGCGCGUAUCCUCUCACUCUGACUUUCUAGAGUAGCAGCUGGGCGAGGAGUACUACUUGAAGCAUACUGUUUCAUGCACUAAACGAGAACUACCACCGAAAUGCGGAACCUUGCAGUACUGUUGAAGUGCGAGGGAUCGAGACGGAACCGUGCGGCACAUCGUUCGAGGGCAAUCAAGCUAUUCCAGCGGGAAAGGCAUUUUAAUAGUAGUUCGUGUGAGCACCGAAUAGGGGAGAGAGAGAGCAGUUAGUAGCAAGUUCCAUCAUUACCCAUUUCAUCUUGCAGUUAUACUGCACUGUAAUAGCAAGGUGUGCCCAAUUUUGAACGUUAGCGAUACAUUCGUUCUCCCUUCCCUUGGAAUAGAGGUAGUGUUUCAAGCCGUUAAACAGGCCAAAGGCUAGCGUAUGUAGCUGUGAAUCGGUACAGCGCAACACACAGGGAAUCGAUUCUACUUGCACUAGGACCAUCAUCCGUCGACGAGUGGUUGCAACGGGAGAGCAGUCGUUGUUGUGGGGCAUGGUGUCGAGGGCCACGUAAAAAAAACGUAAAUGAAUUUCAUAAAUUCUUGCCAAUCCACAGACGACCUGGAGUGUUAGUACGAUCUUGUUGUACCUUUGUUGUUUGUUCGUUCUAUCACUUAUUACACUUCCUUAACCCUCUUGCACUACCCCCAUAAACUGCAGCUUCCCACUCCUUCCGGGUGUUAAUUGUGCCAGCUUGAUUGCAAAACUUUACCUCCUAGUUUCUUCGUACAACAUUAACUGUAAAGCACUGAAAAUCGAAGAGGCAAAUUAAUUUCUCUUCUAUUGCUCUUCCAGUUGAUUGUUUGUUCCCUCUGUCCUCUAAAUAACUCCCAGCCCCCAACCCAACCACACCUUCCAAUGUGUUUGUUUCAACCAGUGUAAUAACACUGCAGGAAUGCUGUAUCAUGACGGUUGAGUAUUUUCCAAAAGUAUGGAAGUAAAAGCGAUGUAGUGGAAUUAAAAAAAUAACACAACACAACACAAUCAUACAUACUACAACACACACAAACAAGAUCUAUGUAUGCCAAAUGUUUUCAAUGAAAAUUUGCAUCACAUCAACUGUAAGCAGCAGAACACACACGGAAGUAAAAAAAAGAAAUAUGGCAAAAAAAAAGAAAGAGUAAUUUUUACUAAAUAUAAGCCUGAAAGUUGAGGGCCUUAAUAGUUCAAAAUAAUUACUAAAAACAAAAAAAAAAAACAAGUGUAAAUAAGAAUAUUUUUAACAAAAAGCGCAAGUUUUUACGAAAUAACAACUAAAUGAAACGGUGAGUCUGUUAUCGGGCGAGUCAAAUUAACAGACGGUGUUUCGUCAUAUUGACGAGUAUUUAAACAAACAAAAAACUGAGAUAAUUUUAAGACCCUAUGCGUGUAACGAAGAAAGAAUAAAUAGUUACGGUUCAAAACGUAAAUUUAAACAAACCACACCAGUUAAAUACAGUUGAAACGCAAAACCAAACGGAAUAGAUAAAACUAAAAACGACACAUACAAAACAAAACCCGAAAUGAAGCAGCGCCGGGAGGGGGGGGGGGGAGACAGUAAAAGACAGGAUCAAAAAUACAUAAAGAACAGAGUAGACAAAAACCACGAGAGCAAGAAAACAGCACUAGCAACACAUUUUCAAAUCGGAACAAGAAUGCAAGUACUACUCUGGGAACGGGUGUACACACAAGCGCAAUAGUUGUUUGUUUAAAUCACCCUCCCCAAUAGCAGAAUUGUUCAAAGUAAGCAACCAAAACCGCGAACCCGUUUUGGGACGGAGGGGUAGGGAAACACAAGACAAGGACACGACAGCGCAACUCGAUCGUACGUGUAGGGGAAGGGAACAAAACUAUCACGUUCCAGGCGAGUGUAAAGACACUAGCAGCAUGGGUGAAAGGAUCACAAAGCGCUGAGAAGCAAAAGUUUGAGGAAGAAAAAGAGGAAAUGCGAAAGAAACACGUUAAAUGGUACUGGUGCACCGUGUGGUGCUGCUGAUCGCACGGUGCAAGUAUCGCGGCCGCGGGCGACCGAUGCAAUAGGGUGUUGUGUAAAGGGAAACCUUUUGUUUUUUGUUGUACUCGUAGAGACAGAAUGGAGAGCAUCUUAUAGUUUCGAUGUAAAAAAAAAGAAGAACCGAUGCUGAAGAAAUGGCGGAACUCAAAAAAUGUUACACAUACGAGUGUACUAAAAAAUGAAAGUUUGUGUCUGCAUGUGUGUGUGUUUGUAUAUAUACAUGUUAACGUUUUAUAAUAAAAUAUCCAAAUAAUAAUUGCGAAAAAUGCGGAUCCACGGAUCGUUGUUCCGAGUAA